AUGAAGACCAAAGAUGUCAUUGUGAUUGCCGUGGCAAGCACAAUAUCUGCCGUUUGUGUGGGAAUCGCUGCAUUCACACGAUCAGCCAAGUACAAUGUCCUAACCGUCUCAAGCAUCGACUUCGAUGCAAUGCUGGGGGACCGACAGUACGAGCAAUGGUUCCUUUUGAACCUCCGAUGCAAUCAAGCAACGUUUGUUGGAAUUGUGGCUUGGUUCCGUUCCGUCCAGGCUCCCACGACACCACGCAAGUCCGUGCACUCCAUGGAGAAGAAGGCCGGUGGUGUGUUUGGCAUGUCCAAGUCGCGAUGCAUUUGUGUUGUACAUCGCAUGGUGGAGUUGGGUUUUUUCAAGAAGCAGCAAAUUCCUGGGAUCGUUGGCGCAGUCGACGGCACUCUCAUCGAUAUUCAACACCCUGCCGACUACGAUGGAUUCUAUAAUCGGAACGGUGACCCGUCGCUAAACACUCAAGGAACGUUUCCGAAUAUUGAAGACUGCCAUGAACGAGAAGUCACUCGCCCGCACCGUGUCCAUCGUCCACUCCGUGCCAUCGCCGCGAUCGAAACGACCACGUUCAACCGCUCGAUAUUGCUGACGUAG